AUGGCUUCCGUUGCUUUGCCGGCGUUAAGCUGCCGGAGCUCAUCGGAACCGGUGAAGGAGCUACGCGUCUGCACGAAUCGCACCUGCCGGAAACAAGGAUCCUUCCAGAUACUGGAGACGUUAACAGCUCUCGCACCUCCCAAACUCCGAGUCAAUCCCUGCGGCUGCCUCGGCCGAUGCGGCUCGGGUCCGAACCUCGUGGCUCUCCCUCAAGGUCUCCUCCUUCGUCACUGCGCCACGCCUUCUCGAGCUGCUGAGAUAUUGUUCAGCCUCUGCGGCGACGGCCGGGAAGCUUCUUCGUCCUCCGCCGUCACAAACGCCCUCGCCGCUUUAGCGCUCACCAACAAUGCUCUUUCCCAAAUCGAAGCUGGAAACUUCCCGGAAGCAGAAUCUCUUCUCACACAGGCUUUAGAGCUGAAACCUUACGGUGGCUUGCAUAGAAUCUUAAAACACAGAGCAGUAGCAAAACUGGGAAUGAUUGAUUACUUUGGGGCUCUUGAAGAUAUAAGCCAAGCUCUGGAAUCAGCUCCCAACUAUACUGAGGCCUACAUUUGCCAAGGUGAUAUCUACGUUGCAAAAGGUGAAUAUGAUCUUGCUGAGAAGUCAUACUUGAAAUGUCUAGAGAUAGAUCCAACUCUCCGGAGAUCGAAAUCGUUCAAGGCCCGGAUUGCAAACCUUGAAAAGAAAGCUGUUGAAGUGGAUAUGACAUAG